AAUGUCAAUGUCAUUCGUUUGUCAAUCAAGGAGCAAAUUGCAAAAUUAUUUUUUAGUCAAUAUACAUUAAAUUCUAUUUCUUACAUUAAUAUAAUAUUAAACUAAUACAAUUGAGACAUUCCAAGAACCGGAUACAUAAUUCAGUGAUUUUGUGACGUAUAUUUGUGUAUAAGAAUUUAAUCAAGUGAAUUUUACAUUUUUAUUAUGAAUUUUAUAACUUGUAGUGUAUUUUGUUGAACUGCAUGUACUGAGGCCCCUCAUAAGUUACAAGUGCAUUUAAUCUUUUACUGACACCACAAAAAGAAUUAUAUAUACAUCAGGUAUGGAGACAGAUGAAGAUGUCGGUAGGGGCAACAUGUUGGACAACAUGCCCCCUAUCAGCUGCGACGGUACCCUGGAAGGUGAAACCGGCACCAGUUCCAAUGAAAUCGGUGACCUGACCUUCUGCAUGGGAAACUAUAUUAGUGAUUUCAUGAAGAUGAUGUUCACAAUGCGGUCGCACCAUAUGUUGACUGACGUCGUCUUGGAAGUCGGCAACGAGCUGUUCCACGUCCACAAAGUCGUCCUGGCCGCGGGCAGCCCCUACUUUAAAGCAAUGUUCACGAGUGGUCUAAAGGAAUGCGAGAUGUCACGAGUACGUCUACAGGGCGUCUGUCCGUCUGCUAUCGCGUGGCUAGUUUACUUCCUCUACACCGGCAAGAUUCGCAUCACUGAGAUCACAGUCUGCCAACUUCUACCCGCCGCCACCAUGUUCCAAGUAUCGAACGUGAUUGAUGCGUGCUGUGCUUUCCUCGAGAAGCAACUGGAUCCUUCCAAUGCCAUUGGUAUCGCCAACUUUGCAGAACAACAUGGUUGCGUCGACCUCAAGAAGAAAGCUAACCAAUUUAUCGAAAGGCAUUUUACUCAGGUUUGUCAAGAAGAAGAGUUCCUACAAUUAACGCCUCAAGAAUUAAUAUGUUUGAUACGCAAAGACGAACUGAACGUAAGGGAAGAAAGGGACGUCUACAAUGCAGUGCUCAGUUGGGUGAAGUAUGAUGAGGACAGAAGGCAUCCGCGCAUGGAACACAUUCUCCAAGCAGUGCGGUGUCAGUACCUAACGCCCAGCUUCCUCAAGGAGCAGAUGAGCACGUGUACUGUACUCAAAAAAGUUCCGGCUUGCCGAGAGUACCUCGCUAAAAUAUUUAAGGAUCUCACACUACACAAGAAGCCGGUGGUGAAGGAACGACGACCGAAUACGCCCCGCAUCAUAUACGUAGCUGGCGGUUACUUCAGACACUCAAUAGAUUUGUUCGAGGCCUUCAACUUAGACGACAACUGCUGGACGACGCUGCCCAGGCUCACUGUACCGCGAUCAGGGUUAGGAGCGGCAUUUCUAAAGGGACUAUUCUACGCUGUGGGUGGACGCAACACAUCGCCGGGUUCAUCGUACGACAGCGACUGGGUGGAUGUGUACAACCCUGCUACGGAACACUGGAGACCAUGCAGCCCUAUGUCCACGCCCAGGCACAGGGUAGGUGUAGCAGUAAUGGAUGGACUACUAUAUGCAGUGGGUGGAUCGGCUGGCUCCGAAUAUCAUGAAUCUGUAGAAUGCUACGACCCUGAGCGCGACACUUGGACAUCAGUAGCAUCGAUGAGUUGUGCUCGACUAGGUGUCGGCGUGGCCGUAGUGAACCGACUGCUGUAUGCCGUCGGUGGAUUCAAUGGCUCCAGGCGAAUCGCUUCCGUCGAGUGCUACCAUCCAGAGAAUAAUUGUUGGACUGAAGUAGCGCCCAUGAAUAUAGCUAGGAGUGGAGCCGGCGUGGCUGCAAUGAAUCAGUACAUCUACGUAGUGGGGGGAUACAACGGGUCGCAGCAGUUAGCGUCGGUAGAGAGAUAUGAUACGGAGCGAGACACGUGGGAACUAGUCGCGCCCGUACAUGUCGCUCGCUCCGCGCUCUCACUCACCGUGCUCGACAACAAACUAUACGCACUCGGAGGUUACGACGGCACGUCGUUCCUGGACAUCGUGGAGGUGUACGACCCGGCGACCAACACGUGGAGCGCGGGCACGGCGCUGACGUCGGUGCGGUCGGGGCACGCGUCCGCCGUCUGCUACCAGCUGGUGGCGCCGCCCGCAGACAGCGAGCCGCAGCCGGCCGUGCUGAAGAAGCUCGGCAAGCGACACUCCGCCUCCGGCUCGUCGCUCACCGGCGCCUCGUCCGGGACCUCCAUAUCCCGGAACGACGACAUCCCCACUGCCAACAACAUCAUAGGAACCCUAUCUAAUCCCAGGACCCCCAGCGACUACAUGUAGUGAACAACUUCUAUCAUCGUUAUUGGUGAUUAUUUGCCCGCGACUUUGUUCGCGCGUAUAGCUUAGCUCUGACUCCGCAAGGGACGUAUUACUUGCCGUAAUCUCAAAAUGAUAUCCGGUCCCUUUGUAUCAUUGUAAGUCAUGUGUUCUGAGCAUGAAGUUUUAUUUUUAUACAGACUCUGACGAUCUUAGUGUAGUGAAUCAAUAAUUUUAAGUAAAAUAUUAACACAAGUUCAAUGUGCUAUUAUCAACAAAAAAUAAUGUUUACAUGGACUGAUAUCAAUAGCUUCAAAGUCACGGUCGAUUGCCAUAUAAAUUGUCAACUCAUCUUGUAUAAUCUAUUAUCA